UACCAGUGUCUCCAUCACACUCUUCCUUUUCCCAUUCUUCUGCCUUUAAGUUUACCAUUGUCUGUAGUAUACUUGGCAUUUGAGACGUUGUUGGUCGAGCCGGACGGUGAGGGCUGCCGGAGGAGGCAUUAAGGUCACGGCCCAUGCUGUGUUCUGCUUCUUGUUUGUUCAUCAUGGCUGAGAAAGGACACUCUCUUCUAUUCUUCUUCUUCUUCUUGCUUGCAUUGCUGGUUGGAGCUGUGGCUGGGCUCAACCGGAGCAGUUUUCCGGCAGGCUUCAUCUUCGGGACUGCCUCCGCGUCCUAUCAAUAUGAAGGUGCUUGGAAUGAAGAUGGCAGGGGCCCGAGCAUAUGGGACACCUUCACUCACAUGCAUCCAGAGAAAAUAGCAGACCGAAGUAACGGUGAUGUUGCCGUCGACUCAUAUCAUCGCUAUAAGGAAGAUGUAAAGAUCAUGAAGGAAAUGGGAAUGGAUGGUUACAGGUUCUCUAUCUCAUGGUCUAGAAUCCUACCAAACGGGAGCCUAAGCGGAGGGAUAAACAAACAAGGGGUGAACUAUUACAACAACUUGAUUAAUGAACUCAUAUCUAAUGGAUUAAAACCCUUUGUGACACUGUUCCAUUGGGACUCUCCACAAGCUCUGGAAGAUAAGUAUGGAGGUUUCCGGAGUGAAAACAUUGUGUCGGACUUCCAAGAUUACGCAGUAGUGUGUUUUAAAGAGUUUGGUGACAGAGUAAAACAUUGGAUUACACUUAAUGAACCAUUGGGUUUUUCUAGUUCCGGCUACACCAUUGGAAAUGGUGGAUUACAUCAUUGCUCUGCUCAUGAGGCCCAACAUUGUUUCAUCGAUGACUCAAACAGAGGACCCUACAUUGUGGCUCAUCAUCAGCUCUUGGCUCAUGCUGCUGCAGUCACCACCUACAAACUGAAAUAUCAGGCACGUCAAAAAGGAAAAAUUGGCAUAACUCUGAAUACUGGCUGGUUUGUUCCAGACACCAGCUCAAAGUUAGAUUAUGUAUCAGCUCAAAGAGCUAUGGAUUUCAUGUUAGGAUGGUUCAUGGACCCCUUAGUGUUUGGAGACUAUCCUCGUAGCAUGAGAGCUUAUGUUGGAGAUCGUCUACCAAAGUUUACCAAGAAGCAAUCAGAGAUUGUUAAGGGAUCAUUUGAUUUCAUUGGAUUGAAUUACUACACUUCUUCUUAUGCUCGAAAUAUUCCUUCAUCAAACAUAGUUAAAGCAAGUUUCAAAACAGAUUCGCACGUGGAAUUAACAGCUGUGAGGAAUGGCAUUCCAAUAGGACCACAGGCUGCUUCUCCUUGGUUAUACGUUUAUCCUCGCGGAAUAGGCGAUCUAUUGAUCUAUACGAAGAAGAAGUACAAGAAUCCCAUAAUUUAUAUCACGGAGAAUGGAGUUGAUGAAGUGAACAAUGGAACAUUACCACUUGAAGCAGCACUGAAAGAUGACAUGAGAAUAAACUACUUCGAGCAACACUUGUUCUAUCUUCGAAGAGCGAUCCAGAAAGGGGUUGAUGUCAGAGGAUACUUUGCAUGGUCUUUGUUGGAUAACUUUGAAUGGGAAAGUGGCUACACUGUUAGAUUUGGGAUAAACUAUGUGGAUUACAAAGAUGGCUUGAAGAGAUAUCCCAAGAGUUCUUCUUUGUGGUUUGGUAAGUUCCUUAAAAAUUAAGUCAAAACUGUCCUGAUUUCUGGUUUCUGGUUAUGGUUUGAUAACUAUUAAAUAAGAGGAUGGAUGCCCAUUGAAUUGCAGUUAUGGACCAACAUGUUUUAUGAUUUCUAUGUGUAGGUUGAGAAUCAUGAAUUUAUUUUGAUUUUAUAAGUAAUGUGAUGAAGUAAUUUUA